AUGUUCAAGCCAACAUUGGUGCUGGUCAUUGCACUGAUAUUGCCUCUUGUAUAUCAGCAGCUGCUGAACCUCCUGAACAGAAACACAAUCCCGCUACAUGUGCUACGCUACUAUGUCCAACAUCCCCUCGACGACGUCACCAUCAAAAUUCCAGUAUACAUCGAGUCUUCAGAUCUGCGAUUUCUCGACUUCGAUUUCUACGAAUACACUAAUCAGACCGAUGCUCUGCUAAUGAAAUUUUUCAUCAGCGACGGCAACGGCAUUUACGUGGACGCCGUCGAGGGGUACGCAGCGCUUUUCUACACGCUGGAGGCGGUGGACGCCAACGAUGUGCCGUAUUUUGGCACGCAGCUGCUGCUGGACCACUGCUACAACGACGAAAUCAAAAACUACGUUGCAGAUAGUUUUCUGCAGCUGGUGGACAACGACUCGAAAAACCACAGCUUCUUGCACCAGUCACAGUUUGAGACCUCGUUGCAGGAUCCUCUGCGGCUUGUUUUCGUCAUGAUGAGCGCCGAGACCAGCUGGGACGUCGAACAGGCCGUCAAGUUGCACUUGGAGCCCGUUCUCAGCAUCCUGUCCAACUACACCCUAGAAUUUCUGCAUGUGGACGAGGACGUCAAGUCGCCGUCUCGCUACAUAGACGAGCACUUCCCAGAAGAGCUGUCUAUGCUGCCUAACCUGGCGGACUUCUAUCUCGCGCACAACAGCUCUAACUCCACCGUGUACCUCCUGUACUAUCCGUUUGAGCUGGCAGACGACUCGAUCCAUACCAUGUCCGUCGACAACCACAGCAUCUACUCCAGCAAGGAAAACACGUUUCUCAACAUAAAAUCGUGGGGCUCUGUCUACUUUGCGCACACCGAAAGCUACCACGGCUACGUUUCCGCGCUGAAUCUGGCAGACUGUAUGUGGUCAUUUGCAGAAACUGUUCUGGACCACUAUCAUUUUCCAAACGAAAAUAUGGCACCUGCUCUGCGCAUCCAGAUGUACAAGCGGAUCGCCACGGUCAGGAACCUGACUUACUUCAGCCACAGGCUUUCACAGGUGGUUGGGUGGCUCGAACGCAACAUAUUAGACAGUUCUCUGGGCAGUGCAAUUCUCGACGCUUUCGAUCGCCGGGAGCAGGUAAAACAAAUGCUGCAAAAAUACGACUACGACUUGGCGCUGCAAAUCAGCACAGACUUGGUGGCCGUGUUCGACAAGCAGAUACAGAACCUCGACUUUGGAGAUCUGGAAAUUAUCGAGUGA